AUGCCAGACGUCGAUCCAGCAACGGCAACGGCCGAAGCUCGCGCAAGAGGUGAUCCAAUCGGUCAGAUGGGCAUGGCUUCAGGAGACUUCUGUAUCAGCUUCAACGACGCUGAGAGUGCAAAUACAUUCACCAGUGUAGUCACGGCAUACUUUAUCGACACCUCCCCAAAUCUCUUCCGAUACAUCCAGACGAUUCACAACUGUCUCCAGCCUGGAGGACUGUGGAUCAACAUUGGACCGUUACUGUGGCACUUUGACGCAAGAUCCCAGUCGCCGCCACCCCAUGAACCCUCCGGUAAUGCAAACAAAGGCGUCCGACAAGAAGAGAAGUUCCAAGACACUGGCAUCGCCGAGCCUGGCUCCUUCGAGAUGACAUACGACGAGGUCCUGGCAUUGAUUGGUCAAUCAGGCUUCGAGAUCCUCCAUCAUGAAGUCUUGCCGGCUGGAUCCGAUACUGAUGACGGAGAGGGCAAGAUUAUGGGCGACCCGGGCCUGUAUCUCCAGGAUGCGCGAAGCAUGGUGCAGAUGCGGUAUCGAUGUGGCCAUUUCGUCGCGAGGAAGGUCGCCUGA